AAAAUGGGAUUAAAAUGUAUGAGUUUGAUCUCAGGGUUUUUAGCCCUUCAGUUUCUGGGUGGGCUCCUUUGCAUGGCCAUAGGCAACGUCCUUCACUAUGAUUUUGUUCUAAAAGAAACAAAUUUUACAAGGCUGUGUAGCACAAAGAGCAUGCUGACUGUAAAUGGCAGCUUCCCAGGACCAAAAAUUCAAGUUUACCGGGGAGACACGGUGUAUGUCAAUGUCCACAACCAAGGCUUAUAUGGGGUCACCAUUCACUGGCACGGAGUAAGACAGCCGAGGAAUCCAUGGUCGGACGGCCCUGAAAACAUUACCCAAUGCCCAAUCCAACCGGGAACAAACUUCACAUAUGAGGUCAUAUUUACUACAGAAGAAGGAACCCUUUGGUGGCAUGCUCACAGUGACUGGACACGUGCCACGGUUCACGGUGCUAUUAUUAUUCUACCUCCUCCGCCAGCAACUUAUCCGUUUCCAAAGCCCUAUGCAGAAGAAACAAUUGUACUUGGGGAAUGGUACAAGGGAGAUGUGAUGGCGAUAAUCGAUGAUGCCCUCGCAACCGGUGGUGAUCCAAAUGUUUCAGAUGCCUUCACUAUAAACGGACAACCGGGAGACUUGUAUAACUGCUCCAACGGGACAACAUACCACUUAGUGGCAGAGUAUGGGAAGGCGUAUCUUCUUCGCAUCAUAAAUGCGGUGAUGAACGAAGAACAAUUCUUCGCGAUUGCGCAACACAAUCUGACGGUCGUGGGCGCAGACGGAGCAUACACCAAGCCCAUCACCACCAACUACAUCAUGAUAACCCCAGGCCAAACAAUGGACGUUUUGGUAACCACGAACCAGUCUCGCAGCCUCUACUACAUCGCUUCCACUCCUUACGCUGACACCACCGCUCCAUUUGACAACACCACCACGACAGCAAUCCUCCAGUACAACGGCAACUACACCCGACCCUCAUCAAUCCCUUUUCCGCCGCUUCCUGCUUAUAACGACACAGUCGCUGCCGGAAACUUCACGACCCGGUUGAGGGCCUUAGCAAGUAAAGAACACCCGGUCAAUGUCCCAAAAACCAUCACCACACGAAUCUUCAUCGCUGUCUCUGUAAACCAGUUGAUCUGCCCUAAUGCAUCAUGUUCCGGGCCUGAUGGAAAUCGGUUGUCCGCCAGCUUGAACAACAUAAGUUUCUUGACCCCAUCUAUUGCUGUGCUGCAAGCAUAUUACAAGGGGUUGAAUGGGGUUUUCGGUGGUGAUUUCCCAAGUGUGCCGCCGUAUUUAUUCAACUUCACCGGAGAUGUGGGAAAUAACACGUUAUACCCAAGCCAGGGAACAAAAGCGAGGUUCAUAAAGUACGGUGAAGCGGUUGAAAUUGUGUUCCAAGGGACGAACGUGGGUGCCGCGGAGAAUCAUCCAAUGCAUCUGCAUGGUUUUAGCUUCUACUUGGUUGGAACCGGUUUGGGUAAUUUCAACAAUGUGACCGACCCGGCGAAUUUUAAUUUGAUAGAUCCACCGGAGUUUAAUACCAUUGGAGUUCCUAAGAAUGGAUGGGCUACCAUCAGAUUUUUCGCUGAUAAUCCCGGUGUGUGGUAUAUGCACUGUCAUUUGGAAAGGCACGCAAGCUGGGGUAUGGACACGGUGAUAAUAGUGACAAAUGGACCUACAAAUGCAACCACCAUCCGCCCACCACCUGCUUAUAUGCCUCCAUGUUCCAGUUAG